ACACCGGGGACACCGGCACCCACCGGGACACCGGCGGCGGGAACGGGGGGGACACGGCUGGGUGGGCGGCUGGGGCAGCGGGGGCGCCCAGGGCGCCUGGUGACGCAGCCCUGGCCGCGACCCACGGGACUCUCCUCGCCUCGGGGGACAGUGGGGAGUGGCGGGCACGGGUGUCCGGCACCUGCGUGUCGCCAACCCGGCACAGCUCUUGCACGGUUCUUGCACAACUCUUGCACUGGUCUUGCACAGUUUUUGCAUGGUCCUUGCACAGCUCUUGCACGGGUCUUGCACGGGUCUUGCACAGCUCUUGCACAGCUCUUGCACGGUUCUUGCACAGCUCUUGCACAGCUCUUGCACGGUUCUUGCACAACUCUUGCACUGGUCUUGCACAGUUUUUGCAUGGUCCUUGCACAGCUCUUGCACGGGUCUUGCACAGCUCUUGCACAGCUCUUGCACGGUUCUUGCACAACUCUUGCAGGCAGCACGCUGCACCAUCGCUUCAGGCAGGGGGAGCUGAGCAGCCUCCCGUGCCUUAGUUUCCCCUCUGCAGUGCUGCAUGAGACCCCAGACAUCCUCCCCCAGCUCGGAGGGCAGCGUCAGGCCCUGCCACAGGAACUGUGCUCAUGGCCACCCCCAGAGCGCACCCGCCGUCCCCGCAUUUCCACCCCAUGUCUGCGGGGGCCCAGGCACUGCGGGACUGAAACCUGGGACCAUAUGGGGACCCAGCGGGCAACCUGCUCCCCCCGCCAAGGGGGCCGCGGGAAGGGGGGUGCCGGGAGGAAAAUUCCCGGCCCCGUUGCCAUGGCUUCCCAUCAGGAUGCGCUGGCAUCACGGGCAGCCUGGGGGGCCCGGGGGGCCCCACAGGGCUCAGGCUGGGGGGCUCCCCAGCAGCGUGGCUGCCUGAGCGGGAGCGCGGGGGCAAGCGGGGGGGCUCCGGGCGGGCAGCGCCAGCAGAUGAACAUGUUUUGGAGCCGGUGACGUCUGCUCCAGCAUCGCCGAGGGAGAAAAACAGGCGGCAGUGCGUGAGUCCGGCCCCGCCGCGCAGAGCGGGGCUCCCGGCCGGCUAGGGCACCGUGGCCGCCAUGGCCCCCCCGGGCCAGCCCGCGGGGGCACUGGGGGCCGGGGGGCUCCGCUGAGCCCCGGCCAUGGCUCCGUGGGGGUGGCCGCUGCUCUGGUGCCUGCGCGCAGCGCUGGUCGGCGGCAUCAUCCUCACGGGGAGCCAGCAGCAGGGACCCCCCCCGCCGGUGAGAUGGUCCCCGUCAUCCUCCUGGGCGCUGACCCCAGAGCCGGGGACAUCGGGGGACCCCGAGGGCUCGGCGGCGGCGCUGGCGUUCCUGCAGACGGGCGAUGCGCAGCGCCUGGCCCAGGCCAACUGCAGCCGGGGUGUCGCGGCGGGGGCAGCCGGCCCCGUCCCCCCCCCGGCGCUGCGAGCUGCCCUGCGAGCCGCCCCCGAGGCGCUGGCCCACGCCGCCAACUUCCUCAACAUGCUCUUCCAGACCAACGACAUCCGCGAAGCCAGCGUGGCCGAGGACGUGGAGUGGUACCAGGCGCUGGUCCGCAGCCUGGCCGAGGGGCACCCGUGGGUGCGCCGCGCGGUGCUGGCCCUGGACGCCCACCCGCUGGCCGCCAAGCCCCGGCUGAUGCUGCAGGCCACCAAGGGGGACGGGGACAUCCUGCUGCAGGACGUCUCCAACGCCGCCCCCGGCAACCUCAGCUGGGACAACGAGUGGUUCAGCGCCCUCAGGUCCCAGCGCAGCCCCCCGCUGCGCAAGCGGGUGCUCAGCAAUGACCUGCGCAGCAUGGACACCCCCAAAUGGCAGCGGGGGGACAGCUACGUGGGGGACCCCGGGCACGUGCGGUGGUCCCCGCCGUUCCUCGAGUGCCGGGACGGCCGGUUCCUGCCUGCCUGGGCGGUCACGCUCUCCUCCGCCUUCUACGGCCUCAAGCCCGAUCUCAGCCCCGAGUUCAAGGGUGUCGUGCGGGUGGACAUCGAGCUGCAGGACGUGGUCAUUGACCAGUGCACCAGUGGGCCGGGCUGGUUCGCGGACACGCACCGCUGCGACCUCAACAGCACCCAGUGUGUCCCCCAGGAGAGCCGUGGCUUCGUCCUCGGGAGGUACCUGUGCCGCUGCAAGCCGGGCUUUUAUGGGGCCAGUGGCGUGGCCAGUGGUCCCCGGGCAGGCGCAGCGGGGGCGGACGGGGGGUCCCGGCUGGCGUGCCGGCCGUGCCGCCCAGGCUGUGUCACCUGCCAGGACGAUGCGCCCUGCCUGAUCCAGGAGGACCGGGCGCUGCGGGCGGCCGUGCUGUCCUGCCAGGCCGGCUGCAUGCUGGCCGUGUUCCUCAGCAUGCUCGUCUCCUACCACUUCCGAAGGAGCAAGAGGAUCCGGGCGUCAGGGGUCGUCCUCCUGGAGACCAUCCUCUUCGGGUCCCUCCUCCUCUACUUCCCUGUUUUCAUCCUCUACUUCAAGCCGAGCAUCUUCCGCUGCAUCGUCCUGCGCUGGGUGCGCAUGUUGGGCUUCGCCAUCGUCUACGGCACCAUCACCCUCAAGCUGUACAGGGUGCUGAAGGUGUUCCUGUCCCGCACGGCCCAGCGGGCGCCCUACGUGUCGAGCGGGCGGGUGCUGAAGAUGCUGGGGCUGAUCCUGCUCCUGGUGCUGUGGUUCUUGGCGGCCUGGACCGCGGGGAUGCUGGAGAACGUCGACAAGAACAUCCCACUGGUGAUCCGCACCCAGACUGCCCGCGGGCUCCACUUCUACAUCUGCAGCCAUGACCGCUGGGACUACAUGAUGGUGAUCGCCGAAACGCUGUUCCUGCUGUGGGGCAGCUCCCUCUGCUACGCCACGCGCGCCGUGCCCUCCGCCUUCCACGAGCCCCGCUACAUGGGCAUCGCGCUGCACAACGAGCUCAUGAUCUCGGCCGCCUUCCACGUGGUCAGGUUCAUCAUGGUCCCCUCGCUGCACCCCGACUGGACCCUGCUGCUCUUCUUCGCCCACACCCACGGCACCAUCACCAUGACCCUGGCGCUGCUCUUCAUCCCCAAGUUCCUGCACGCCGGCUCGCCGCUGCGGGAGGAGAUCGCGGCCGAGGUCUACGAGGACGAGCUGGACAUGCGGCGCUCGGGCUCCUGCCUCAACAGCAGCAUCACCUCAGCCUGGAGCGAGCACAGUCUCGACCCCGAUGACAUUCGGGAGGAGCUGAAGAGGCUCUACCAGCAGCUGGAGGUGCAGACGACGCGGCGGAUGGCGACCAACAACCCCCACCUCCCCAAGAAGCGCAGCUCCCGCCGCAGCCUGGGCCGCUCCAUCCUGCGCCGUGUCACCGAGCCACCCGCCGCCCGCCGGAGCAGCGCGGGGGACACCCCAACGCGCCGCGGCUCCUCGGCCAAGCGGGUCCCCGAGCCCAGCGGCACCGGCCUGCGGAUGCGGGAUGGGGGGUCCCAGCCCCGCGGGGCAGCCCUGUGCAAGUCCCGCAGCACCGAGGGGCUCACGCGGGACCCCCCUGGGGGACCUGCCACCCCCGGGGAGCCCACGCCGGGGAGGAUGAUGAUGGCGAUGGCUGCGGAGCCGUCGGACAGCGAGUCGCUGGAUGCCGUCCCGCUUGUGUGCAAGUCGGCAAGUGCUCACAACCUGGGGGGGCACGGGCAGCCCUCCCCGCCCCGUGUAGCCCCCCUGCACAAGUCCAUGAGUGUCGUCACCGGAGCCCGGGAAGCGGCUCUGCUCGCUGCCAGCCGAGGGGCGCGGGAGGGGUGGCACCUCAACCAGCACCCAUACCCCCCACCCUCGGAGCACCCCGUGAGCCAGGGAGCCCCCGAGGACAGCGGGGAGCCCCAAAGCCCCCAUGCACCCCCACCAGCCGGCUCCAGCCCUGUCGAGGGCUCCCAGGAGGACACGUCCCCGCCGGGCGAUGGCAAAGUGCAGAAACACGUCACCUACGCGCCCAUCAAGAGCAUCAGCGUCGACAGCUCCCCCGUCCCGGGGCGGGUGCGGGUGACGGUGAGAAGGACCCCCCCGCCACCCCCCGUCCGCUGCCAGAGCCUGGGGCAGCGUGUGACACCGCGUGGGGACAGCCCGGUGCUCCUCACGGACCCCCCAGCACAGGCUGGGACACCAGAGGGGACAGCGGAGGACAACGCGGGGCACACGGCCCCCCCGGCGGGACAGGGCAGGCUGGUGCCCGCAGCCCCCACCCCAGCACAGGUCUGUCCCUGGGAGCUGCUCCAGGGUGAGAUCCUGAGCCAGAAGCAAAAAGCUGCCGAAGCAGCCAAUUUGGGGACCCCCGGUGACACAGCGGUCGCCCCCCCCAGCCUCAAGCCACCCUCCCAGAGGACCCUCCGCGGUUUGGGACUCGCCAUCAAAGCCUUGAACCGCGCCAGGGGGAAGGAGAAGAGGGAGGGGGGCAGCAGGAGGGAGCGGCCCCUCCUGGCAGGGACAUCGGCCGUGUCCCUCGGGGGGGUCGGCCGGGACCCCAGGGCCAAAAGCGCGGAGUGGAGCCAGCAGAGGCGCAGCAGCGAGCCCCCCGCCCGCCCGGCACAGGGGGGGACGGUCUCCUGCCAGCACAACAACAAUGCUGGCACCGCCUGGGCCGCCGCGGGCUGGGGGGACAGCGGGACAGCAGGACGGCGGGACGGCCCGGCCCCAGGGACACGCCACAGCGAGGAACUGGCAGAGGAGCCCGGUGCUCCCCGGGGGGACGCCGAUGCUGCGGGGGCACCCGCGGGGGUGCACGAGCUCCCGCCCACUGUGGGCCACCAAAAAGGAGCCGAACGUCCUCAUGAAACCCCAGCGGUGGCCGCACAGACACAUCCGCGGGAAGGGACCCAGGCUCCAGUGGCGGAGCUGGGGACAGAUGCUCCUGCUGCCAUCGAGAGGCCGGUGGCACUGAAGGAUGAGGUGGCCGAAGGGCCGGAGGGGCACAGCGGGUCCAUCCCCACCCGGGACCACAGCGAGGUGGAGCAGCCACACGCGAGCAGGGCUGAGGUUUGUCCCUGGGAGGGUGACAGGACGGUCAGAGCCCAAAUCUGCCCCUGGGACGUGGAGGGGGAUGUGCUGGAGCAGCCCAGAAAAGGGCUCACCCCAAACCCCCCAGCUCUGCCCAAAACACCCCCCGAGCAAGCGGGAACCAGCAACAGGAAAAAGGCCAAUGUUUGCCCGUGGGAAGCGGAGGAUGAGCCGCUUGCUAGAGCAGAAAUAUGCCCUUGGGAAGAGCCCGCGGCUCCAGCGGGGAAAGACAGAGCGAGUCCGGACACGGAUGGGACGUCCCGAGGGGAAAACAAACCAGGAGGUGGAGAACUGGAAGGGAUCAAAGCAAGGCUGGCGGAGAUGAGCGGCCACCGGCCGGAGCGCAGGGACACCCGGAUCUUUGCAAAGCUCGUCAGGAGAGUCACAGAGGGCUCAAAAGCAGAGUUCAGGGCAUCCCAGAGCAUGGAGAGCAUCAAGGAGGAGGUUUGUCCCUGGGAGGGCCUGGGGACACAGCAGCCCCCCGAAAAGCCCCGCACCGGGGGCUCAGCGCUGCCCAAAUCACCUGCACAGCAACUGCAGAGCGUGGAGAGCCUGAAGGCUGAGAUCUGUCCCUGGGAGGCUCCGGGGGUGGAAACCAUCAAUAAAGCAGAAAUCUGCCCCUGGGAGGCAGCUGCUGUGCCAUCUAGUAAAGAAAAAUCAAGAGAAGACAAAGGUGCUGUGUCCAUGGAGGGCAGAAGCCCUUCUACAAGUCAAGGUCUCUGCAAAGAAAUCAGAGACAGCACAUCUGGAGAAAAGGGGAAAGCAAGUGGAGAACGUGAGUCCAUCUGUCCCUGGGAGAGCGCGGACAUGGAGCAGCCCCCCGAAAAACCCCGCACUGGGGGCUCAGCGCUGCCCAAACCACUCACAAAGCAACCGCAGAGCGUGGAGAGCCUGAAGGCUGAGAUCUGUCCCUGGGAGGCUCCGGGGGUGGAAACCAUCAAUAAAGCAGAAAUCUGCCCCUGGGAGACGGCUGCUCCACCAUCGAGUGAAGUGGAAUCAAGGCAGGACAAGGAUGGUCUGUCCGGGAUGAGCAGAAGCCCUUCCACAAAUCAGGGUCUCUGCAAAGAGCUUGGAGAGAGCACGUCUGCGAAGAAGGAGAAAGCGAGUGGAGCGCGCGAGUCCGUCUGUCCCUGGGAGAGCGUGGACACGGAUGGCUCCUCUGUGGGUUCCGGCACGAAGAGCUCAGAGCUGCCGAAAGCCACCGCCAAGAAAUGGGAGAGCGUGGAGGGCAUGAGAGCUGAGGUUUGUCCCUGGGAGGGCCUGGGGACAGAGCAGCCCCCCGAAAAACCCCGCACCGGGGGCUCAGCGCUGCCCAUGUCACCUGCACAGCAACCGCAAAGCGUGGAGAGCCUGAAGAGUGAGAUCUGUCCCUGGGAGGCUCCGGGGGUGGAAUCCACCGAUAAGGCAGAAAUCUGCCCUUGGGAGGCAUCUGCUCCCCCCUCCCAUCCGCAAAAGGCCCAGCAGUGUCCGGGGGGGGCUCCCCGGGGUGACAAGCGCAUCAGACGCCAGGCAGCGUUCACCAGCCCGGCCAGGUCCCUGGAGACGGGCGGCAGCGAGCGAGAGGCUGUUUGUCCCUGGGAAGGCCUGGGGACACAGCAGCCCCCCGAAAAACCCCACACUGGGGGCUCGGCACUGCACAAACCACUCACAAAGCAACCGCAGAGCGUGGAGAGCCUGAAGAGUGAGAUCUGCCCCUGGGAGGCUCCGGAGCUCAAACCCAUCCAUGAAGCAGAAAUCUGCCCCUGGGAGGCGGCUGCUCUGCCAUCGAGUGAAGAGAAAUCAAGAGAAGACAAAGGUGCUGUGUCCAUGGAGGGCAGAAGCCCUUCUACAAGUCAAGGUCUCUGCAAAGAAAUCAGAGACAGCACAUCUGGAGAGAAGGAGAAAACAAGGGGGGAACGCGAAUCCAUCUGUCCCUGGGAGAGCGCGGACAUGGAGCAGCCCCCCAAAAAACCCCGCACUGGGGGCUCAGCGCUGCCCAAAUCGCUCACUAAGCAACCACAGAGCGUGGAGAGCCUGAAGGCUGAGAUCUGUCCCUGGGAGGCUCCAGGGGAGGAAACCAUCAGUAAAGCAGAAAUCUGCCCCUGGGAGGUGGCUGCGGAGAAAGGAGCAGCCCCGGGUUCACCGGGUGUCCCACCAAAACCAGCCGGUGCCUCCAAACCCGCAGAGCAGGGGAGCGGCGAGCGCGAGUCCAUCUGUCCCUGGGAGAGCCUGGGCACCGAGGAGCUGUCCCCAAAAACCACGAUGGGGAAGGAGCCGCCCGCCAGCGUGGGGAGCAAAAAAUCAGAUGUUUGCCCCUGGGAAGCAGCGGAGCCCCCCAGCUCAGAAAGCUGCAAACCUGCCGUGCACCCCCGGGGCGCUGGCGGAGCGUCCCCCACGGGGAUGGGGAUGGCAAAGCUGGUGGCAGGAGCCAGUGCUGCGUCUCCAACAGCCCUGUGGAAAAAACCUGGAGGCAGAUCUGAGGGUGAGGCCCAGCACAAGCCCCUGCGCCGCGUCUCCGGCAUCCAGCCCCACUGGGCGAGCGCUGCCCACAGCACCAGCGUUGCCGAGGUUUGUCCCUGGGAAGCAGAAGAGGCUCCGGCAGCACCUGCCGAAACCAGUGCGGACACCAGGAAAACCUCUGAUGUGUGUCCGUGGGAGGUGGGGAGUGCAGAGACCCCCCUGGCAGGGACCAGCCCCGGGGAUGGAAGUCGGGGUGUGAGUGAAUCUAAACCCGAGGUCUGCCCGUGGGACCACGAGUAGCUCCGUCCCUGGGGCCCCCGGCUCCAUGCAGACACAACUGUCAUCAGCGUGAUGUCUGGAGCUGCCCAGAUGGGGACAGGAGUGUCCCCAAAGCCGGUGGCACGGCCACACGUCCAGCGAGCUCCCGUGGUGGCCACCAACCAGCCAGGCUUGGGGACCAGCGUGGCGAGGGGAUUGUUCAGUCUCCUUAGAAAGUGGUGUCACCGUAACACGCUGUCCAUGGUCUCCAAACGACCAACCGAUUGUGUAAGUACAUGUACAUAUGGAAAAUAAACAGCGUUAUCUACAGAA